GCUGCGAAUGCUGUGAUUCAAUGCUUUUUUUUCGCAUGAAACUUUAUAUUGCUGUUGAAUAAACAAUUACACAUGACGAAAACAAUCAAAAAGUAAUGAAAUUAAAGAAACACGCAGUUUCUAUAUUUACAUGCAUAAAAGAAAAUAAAAUAAAGAGAAUAAUAAAAUCCACUUUCUAUAAAAAAGAAGAUGAAAUUCUACUCUUCUCAUCCUUAUUCAAAUCAAAAAAUGAAGUUCUCUAUUACUCUUGUUAUUACUGCUCUUUUCUCUGCUGUUUCUGCUGCAGAAGUAACAAUGACGGAUGGCCAAGUAAGAAUUUCUUCUCCAAUUAGUGGUGGUGUUUAUAAUCAAGGAAAGACUUUGCCUUUUACUUACAAGACGAUUGUUGAGCCACUCAAUGUUGCAUUAAACAUGUAUCUUAGAGGUACGGACUGUAAUUACCCUGAAACAAUUCUUUUUGCAAAUGCCGAUGUCUUUCUUGAUUCGCCCAACGCCACUCCUAUCCAUGCUGGCCCUAAAACUUAUUAUGAACACUCUCUCAAUUACAUCAUCCCUUCUUCUCUUCCUACCGGCAAUUAUGCUGUUACUUAUCAAAAUACAAAUACGGGUGUUAAUACAACUAUUCCCAUUUACAUCCAGCCAUCUUAAUGAUUGAAUCAAUAAAUUUGAUAAGGUCAGCCCUAUUUGAACUCCUCACUUUUUCAUUUCUGACAUUUAAAAAAAUAAAACUAUACAAGAUUUAGUGUCUUUUUCU